AUGUUGGCAGUAAAUCAAGGUGCGAAACUCAAUAAUCUUCUUCAUCCUUCAAUUAGCAAACGUGCUGGUCCUGGUUGUCCUUCUUACUUUGAUCUUGAUGAUUGUCUUUAUCGUAAUUGUCCUUCUCGUUGUUCUAUUUGUUGUGGCAGUAUUUGUUAUUGUGAUCCUGAUUGUAAUGGUGAUCGGAAUCUUUAUUGUAAUUGUGAUCGUGAUAAUUGUCUCGAACGUUGUCCUAUUGCGGGUGCUUGUGAUGUUUACGAUUAUAAUGGUUGUGCUGAUCGUAAUACUGGUCAUUGUAAUGAUUAUUUUCGUGACUAUGGUUAUGGUUGUUGUAAUUCUGUUGCUGCUAAUGCUGUUGUUGAUUGUCCUCUUAAUUGUCGUAAUUGUUGUCCUAUUGCUGGUGACGAUGAUACUAAUCGUGCUGCUAAUGCUAAUGUUAACUUUAAUGUUCGUCCUGCCCGUGCUGUUCAAGUUCUUCAUCCUCGCAUUAUUGUUUAUCCUCCUCGUACAGUUGAGCUUAUACCUACUGGCAAUUUUAGUCUUGUUCACCUUCACCCUCCUCUUGAACUUGCUACUCUUUAUAAUAUUACUGCUGGUGCCGGUGCUGGUGCUACUUUUGCUCCCUAUCCUGCUUGUCUUCUUGCUGCUAUUCUUGUUGCUUAUACUGGUAGAAAGUAA